AUGCGAGAACCCUUCCCCCAUCACACAAUUAAGCUCGACGAUAUUGCAUCCACUGCCGGUGACAGUCAGCCUCUCAAAAUCCGUCUGAGUGAUUUACAACCAUACUUGGCCGCGCACACAUGCAGUGUAAAUAGGAAAUGCAGGGCGAAAAAAUACAUUAACACGACAGGUAGGAUUGUGACGGGGACGCAGUUCAACACCCACCCACCCCUGCCGCCUCUCCAAAUUCGUCCGAGCCGCCCAUCCCAGACUCCUCCCGUUGAUUGGCCACCACAUCCCGGCCCCGAUGUGAAAGCGCCGUGUGCCGGCGCUUCGAGGCCGCUCAACGCCAAUGGGAACGUCGCGAGCCUAUUUCGACCGUCCUGGGCUCAGACGAGGUUUCCUCUUGAGGUCUUGGAGUCUCCACGGUCUAACAAGGUGCUUCGAUACGGUUCCUGCGCCCCGGGCGUGGGUCUUGACCACCCACCCCCCGGCCGACGUGCUGUCGUGCGUUGCUUCGCAAGUGCCGUGUGA